AUGGCGAGUAUGCUGCAAGCACGGUCCGCCCUGGUGCUCUAUGGUUCCGAAACGGGAAGUGCCCAAGAUGUGGCUGAAGAAAUGGGCAGGAUCGCUGAACGUCUUCGCUUCCAUACCGAAGUCGCAGCCCUGAAUGCCAUCACGCUUAAGCAACUGUUGCACCAUCCUGUCGUCCUCAUCGCCAUCUCCACGACGGGCCAGGGCGAGCUGCCUGCAAAUAGCCAGGCGUUUUGGAAAGCGCUGCGAAGUGCUCGCCUGCGCCCUGGCUGUCUCGACCAGAUCAAGUUCGCCUCGUUUGGUCUUGGUGACACAUCCUACCCCAAAUUCAACUGGGCGCAUCGCAAACUGUACAACCGACUGACACAGCUGGGCGCUCAUCCCAUCUGUGACCGUGGCGAGUCGGACGAGCAGCAUCCAGAAGGCAUUGAUGGUACCUUCCUUCCUUGGUCUUCCACUCUACGCCAACGCUUGCUGCAAGAAUAUCCUCUCCCAGACGGUGUCGAGCCAAUACCAGACCAUGUCCUGCUAGACCCGAAAUGGACGCUCGACCUCGCAGAUGCCUCUCCAGCCAAACCCACUCUCCCAUCGCAUCCUGCUCAAGCAGUUGGCGAGACUAAUGCCGACGACGAAUCUCCAUCCUCGGAGCUUCUCACGAUACCUGGGGGUAUCACUGCGCGUGUGACAUCCAAUGAAAGAGUCACGCCGCAGAAGCACUGGCAAGAUGUUCGUCACAUCACAUUCGACCUUUCAGGUACACAUCCAUACAGCCCUGGUGAUGUCCUGACAGUCUAUCCGAAGAAUUUCCCUUCAGAUGUAUCUCUACUCUUGUCGACAAUGGGUUGGACAUCCAUGGCUGACACCCCCUUGCGUUUUGUGCCGUCUUCAUCCUUCACCUCACCUAACGCUACCCUACCAAUACCUCAUGUUACCAAAGACAGCACUGUCACGUUACGAGAGCUUCUCACAAGUCAUCUCGACAUCAUCUCCAUACCCCGCCGCUCCUUCUUUGCACAAAUAGCACACUACACCUCCGACGACUUCCACCGAGACAGGUUGUUGGAGUUUACAAACCCAGAGUAUAUUGACGAGUUGUACGACUACACCACUCGACCUCGCCGUAGUAUUCUCGAGGUACUUCAGGAAUUCGAAAGUGUCAAGAUCCCGUGGCAGCACGUGUGCAGCAUCAUCCCCACUUUGCGCGGACGUCAAUUCAGCAUUGCGAGUGCGCACGAUCCAAAAGCCACUCUGCAAGACAAGACACGAAUGGAGUUGUUGAUAGCCAUAGUAAAGUAUAAGACCGUCAUCAAAAGGAUCAGGCAGGGCGUUGCGACUCGCUACAUCGCCUCAUUACAGUCUGGUCAAGACAUCACCGUCACAUUAUCAAAAGGCGGACUUGGUGUGUCCCAAACAGAGAUAGAUAGACCGGUAGUCAUGGUCGGUCCAGGCACAGGGGUAGCACCUAUGCGCUCGUUAAUCUACCAGCGAAGACUUUGGCGAGAGCAAGCGAAGCAACUCACAAACAGGUCUGAGCCGUCAACAGCUACAGGCACGCAAGCCGAGGACCUGCUCUUCUUCGGCUGCAGAAAUGCAGACGCCGACUACUAUUUCAAGCACGAGUGGGACGACCUGCGCGCUGCCGGCGUCCCUCUACAGGUUUUUGCCGCUUUCUCCCGGGACCAACGGCAGAAAAUCUACGUCCAAGACCUCCUUCGCCAACAAAGCGCCCUCGUCUACAACGCACUCGCCACCCACAAUGGUAUCGUGUACAUCUGCGGUGCCUCGGGCAAGAUGCCCCAGGCUGUUCGCGAGGCACUCAUCGAAGUAUUCCAGAAACAUGGGAAACUGGACAGAGACAGCGCGGAGAAGUAUCUUGUUGCCUUGGAGAAGGGGGGGAGAUAUAGGCAGGAAACUUGGUGA